AUGAUGAUGCGGCCACAACAGCAGCCAGUGAUUGUGCUGAACCAAAAGACGGAGCGUCAGAGCGGUCGCAAGGCGCAGAUGAACAAUAUUGAGGCAGCGAAGACGGUGGCGAGUCUCAUCAGCAGCACACUUGGGCCGUGCGCAAUGCUCAAGAUGAUUCUUGACCCAAUGGGCGGCACGGUGUUGACCAACGACGGAAACUGCAUCCUGCGCGAGAUUGAUGUGGUGCACCCCGCCGCGAAGCACAUGCUGGAGCUCGCGCGGACUCAGGAUGAGGAGGUGGGCGACGGCACCACCUCCGUCAUCGUCCUCACGGGCGAGAUCCUGAGCCUGGCGCAGCCCCUGCUGGAACGCAACAUCCACCCGUUGAAGAUCGUGAAGGGCUUUUCCCUUGCGUUGACGGACGCGCUGGCGGCGAUUGAGGCGGUUGGCGCGACCAUCGACCCGAACGAUUCGCGGCAGCUGGAAGGGGUGGUGCGGGCGUGCCUGGGCACUAAAUUCAACUCCCGCGAGGAUGAUCUCAUGUGCAAAAUUGCCGUGACGGCGACGCAGCGGGUGGUCGUGGAGAACCCAAAAACAGGAAAGAAGGAGGUCGACAUUAAGCGCUACGCCAAAAUAGAAAAGAUCCCUGGCGGCUCCAUCUUUGACAGCGUCGUGCUGGAUGGUGUGAUGUUCAACAAGGACCACAUCCACGCCAAGAUGCGCCGCUACAUUGAGAACCCCCGCAUCAUUCUGCUUGACUGUCCCCUGGAGUACAAAAAGCCGGAGACGGCCAUCAACGUCGAGGUUGCGCAAGCGACAGACUGGGAGUCGCUGCUGAAGCAGGAGGAGGACUACGUGCGUUCGCUCUGCAACGUCAUCAUCUCCUUCAAGCCUGAUGUUGUGAUCACGGAGAAGGGGGCAUCGGACCUUGCGGCACACUUUUUGUACAAAGCUAACAUUACCUGCAUUCGACGCCUGCGCAAGACGGACAACAACCGCAUUGCCCGUGCGACGGGGGCCACCGUCGUUAGCCGUAUUGAAGAGCUCAGGAAUCACCACAUUGGACAGGCAGGGUUAAUGGAGAUCAAAAAGAUAGGGGAUGAGUACUUUACCUACAUCACAGGCUGCAACACCGGUACGGCGUGUAGCGUGGUGCUGCGUGGUGCCAGUAAAGAUGUCCUGAACGAGAUGGAGCGUAACCUUCAUGAUGCUAUGUGCGUGGCCCGGAAUAUUAUUCUCGACCCACGUGUAGUGUACGGUGCUGCCGCGGUGGAAAUGCACGUCUCCUCCUAUCUUAUGAAUCGCUCUAAGAGCAUCACAGGUGUCCAGCAGGCCGCCUACCAGGCCGUGGCGAUGGCACUUGAGGUGGUGCCGCGCAUCUUGGCAAGCAACUGCGGCGCAAACGUCAUUCGCACCGUCACGGAGUUGCGGGCGCGCCACGCCAUGCCAGACGGCGAGUACUGGGGUGUCGACGGCACCACCGGCGAGAUUGUUGACGUCCGCGUGCUGCAGGUGAUGGAGCCGGCCGCUGUGAAGGUGCAGGCGCUUAAGACGGCCAUUGAGGCCGCCUCCAUGAUUCUGCGCGUGGACGACGUUGUGUCCGGCACGAAGUUGCGCCACGAAAAAGAGAAGCCCGCGCCGACUGCGGCAAACAACGACGACGACCAGGGCGACGCCACGGCCGCGGAGUGA